AUGUCCCCGCCGGCGGCUUUGGAUGUGGAAAUCAACGGCAAUGGUGCUCCCAAGCCAUUGACUGUUGAUGGUAUUGCUGCUUUGAGGGCGAAGAGCGCCCCUAUGCCUGCUGGGGUUGCGCCUGCUACCAGCAGUGAUAUGUUCAAGAGUCCGGCUUGCUAUACCAAACCAAAGUCGAAGAGAUUGGACCAUUUCUUCACCCUUGAGGCAAAGUCGCGCAAGACUUCUACAUUGAAGGGAGCCGCCAAGUUCCUGAAGAAUCCGGGCCUCAUUUCCUUGGGCGGCGGACUGCCAUCCCCCGAAUACUUCCCUUUCGAGGAACUCUCUUUCAAAGUCCCCACUCCGCCUGGGUUCUCUCCCGAAGCUACACGGCAGUCUGGUACUUCGUUGGUGGCAGGGAAACAUGAUAUCCGUGAGGGCAAGAGCUUGUAUGACCUUGAGGUCUCUCUGAACUAUGGGCAGUCGACCGGAUCUCCUCAAUUGCUCAGAUUCGUGACGGAACAUACCGAGCUCAUCCAUAACCCGCCCUACUCCGACUGGCAAUGUGCUCUGACCGCCGGAAGCACCUACGCCUGGGACACGGCCCUCCGAUUGUUCUGCGAAAGGGGCGAUUACCUUUUGAUGGAAGAAUACACCUUUUCUAGCGCCCAGGAAACCGCCCUUCCCCAGGGAGUCAACGUUGCCCCAGUCAAGAUGGACGAACAAGGUCUGCUGCCUGGGGACCUGGACCAUGUCCUGAGCAACUGGGACGAGGAGGCCCGCGGUGCUCGGAAGCCCUUCGUUCUCUACACCAUUCCCACCGGCCAGAAUCCUACAGGCGCAACCCAGUCUGUGGAACGACGCAAGGAGAUUUACAAGGUUGCCCAGAAGCACGACGUUUACAUCAUCGAGGAUGAGCCAUACUACUUCCUGCAAAUGCAGCCGUAUACCGGUGCCGAUACCGAGCCGGUGCCGCCUCCUGCCAACCACGAAGAGUUCAUCAAGUCGCUUAUUCCGUCAUACCUGAGCAUUGAUACUGAUGGUCGUGUUCUUCGCAUCGAAUCAUUCUCCAAGGUGCUCGCCCCUGGUUCGCGCACCGGUUGGGUUGUAGGAUCUGAGCAGGUCAUUGAACGUUUCCUCCGAAACACCGAAGUCUCUGCCCAACACCCGAGCGGUAUCUCUCAGUUGAUGCUCUUCAAGCUCCUGGACGAGCACUGGGGACAUCCCGGCUACUUCGAGUGGCUCAUCAACCUGCGCAUGCAGUACACCAGUCGCCGAGACAUAAUGGUCCAGGCUUGCGAGAAGCACCUCCCUCAGGAAAUUGCUAGCUGGAUUGCCCCUGCAGCGGGCAUGUUCCACUGGAUUCAAAUCGACUGGAACAAACACCCCGAACUCACCUCUGGCAAGACGCGCGACUCGAUUGAAGAGACCCUCUUCCAUGCCGCUAUCAACAACGGCGUCCUUGUGUCGCGUGGAAGCUGGUUCAAGGCUGCCGGCUUGAGCGAGGAUAAGCUGUUCUUCCGUGCUACAUUCGCCUCCGCCAGUGAAGAGAACAUCACUGAAGCUAUCAGGCGCUUUGGUGAUGCGCUCCGGGUUGAGUUCAAGCUAUAG